ACAAUCCCUCCUCCGCCAUUUUGUAAGGAUAUAAGAUAUACUAGUAGGUCUACCUCCCGUCUACGACAACCUGUAGUUUUGUGUAGUGCCAUGGACGGCCGGUUAGAGACUGAUCUGUAUCCUCUGGGAUCCGGUUACGUCACUGAAAUAGACAGUGUCCAUGAUCUAACGGUCGGCACAAAGAGGGGAUCUGACGAACUCUUUUCCUCCUGCAUACCUAGCGGACCUUAUAUAAUGAGCUCUGGAGCAGCAAAUGGUAAUGACAGCAAGAAGUUCAAAGGGGACAUCAGGAGCCCUGGCAUUCCUUCAAGAGUGAUACAUGUACGCAAACUGCCAAAUGACAUAAACGAAGCAGAAGUCAUUUCUUUGGGGCUUCCCUUUGGAAAAGUGACUAACCUUCUGAUGCUGAAAGGAAAGAACCAGGCCUUCCUGGAGAUGAACACAGAGGAGUCAGCACAGACCAUGGUCAGCUACUACUCCUCUGUCACCCCUGUCAUCCGCAACCAUCCGAUCUACAUGCAGUAUUCCAAUCACAAGGAACUGAAGACUGACAACUCACCCAACCAAGUUAGAGCACAGGCAGCACUGCAGGCUGUGAAUGCGGUCCAGACAGGAAGCAUGUCUUUGAGCGCUGUUGAUGGAGCAGGUAUGGGCAGCCAGAGCCCUGUGCUGAGAGUUAUCGUUGAAAACCUCUUCUACCCAGUUACUCUUGAUGUCCUUCACCAGAUCUUCUCAAAGUUUGGGACUGUUUUGAAGAUCAUAACAUUUACCAAAAACAACCAGUUCCAAGCACUGGUUCAGUACUCAGAUGGAAUGACUGCACAGCAUGCAAAGCUGUCUUUGGAUGGACAGAACAUCUACAAUGCCUGCUGUACCCUUCGCAUCAGUUUUUCUAAGCUCACCAGCUUGAAUGUUAAGUACAACAACGAUAAGAGCAGAGACUACACUCGUCCUGACCUACCUACAGGAGACAGUCAGCCCUCCCUCGAUGCACAGACAAUGGCUGCAGCUGCCUUGUCUGCUCCUGGUAUCAUCUCUGCAUCGCCAUAUGGGGCUCAUGGUUUCCCACCAACAUUUACCAUUCAGCAGGCAGCAGGUCUGUCACUGCAGGGCAUGCCUUCCGGGGCUCUCGCAUCGCUCGGUAUCCACGGUGCUGCGGCAGCCGCCGCCGCUGCUGCUGGACGCAUGAGUUUUUCCAGUCUCACUGCGGGAGGAAACAGUGUCCUGCUAGUCAGCAACCUUAAUCCUGAGAGCGUUACGCCCCAAUGCCUCUUUAUUCUUUUCGGUGUGUAUGGUGACGUCAUGAGAGUGAAGAUCCUGUUCAACAAGAAGGAAAAUGCAUUGGUGCAGAUGUCUGAUGGAACCCAAGCCCAGCUAGCCAUGAGCCACUUGAACGGGCAGAAACUGUACGGUAAGGCUUUGCGGGCCACUCUUUCCAAACACACCACGGUACAGUUGCCACGUGAAGGCCAUGAGGAUCAGGGGCUCACCAAGGACUACAGCAACUCUCCUCUUCACCGCUUCAAAAAGCCAGGCUCCAAGAACUACUCCAACAUCUUCCCUCCUUCCUCUACUCUCCAUCUCUCCAACAUCCCUCCUGCUGUCACUGAGGAUGAUCUCAGAGGAUUGUUUCUAAGUUCUGGAGCUGUGGUUAAGGCCUUCAAGUUUUUCCAGAAAGAUCGUAAAAUGGCUCUCAUCCAAUUGGGCUCUGUGGAGGAAGCAAUUGAGUCUCUGAUCAAAUUUCACAAUCAUGACCUGGGAGAGAACCAUCACCUCAGAGUGUCAUUCUCCAAGUCCACCAUCUGAUGGAGGCUGUUUUGUUUUAAAGAGGUUGAAAGGACUGUCACUUUAGACCAAACUGUAAGCCUUCCACAAUUUAUAUCACUGUGGACAAAUGUGUUCCACAACACACACUUGAUCAUUCCUUUAAUUAUAUCUAUAUUCACACAUGUAUGUCUAUUUUGUAAUUCCACUUUAAACUAGUAGACAAGAGGAACUCUUCAACCCAAUGUGACUUGGGUUUUAAUAGUACGUUUUCUCAGACGGUUUGUUUCAUGACUUAGUUCAUUGUUGGCACACAUCGGUUUUGGAUCAUAGAUGCUGCAUAGUUUACACUUGUGCCUCUGCGGAAAGCCGCACCCCUUCAGGUUGCACAUCUAAAGCCUUGUUUCGUUUGUUGAACCUGUAAUUAACCUUUUCGAACUUAUUCCCUAUUUGCCUUUCCAAAAAAAGCAACUGUGCCUUACAUGGUGCUUAAAGUUUAUCUUCUUAAUGGCCUUAGUAAUAUUUUGACGUUUUUGGCUUCUUUACAGGAACCAUUAACCUCAAACCUAAAAAAAAAAAAAACACCUGCCUGCUGUUCCUAGGUGGUCCCCGUUUAAAUUUGACUAGUGAAAA